CUCGCCACACGUCAGAACUUCCCUUUUCCUUCUCCGCUAUCUGCCCACGCUCCCUGUACCCCCUGUCUACCGUAUACCCUCGACUCAUCGAGCUUAGCCACCGAAGGUCUGCGUACCUACUCCGCCGUCCCAUAUCAACCAUGGGUGACAUCAAGGACCAGAUGGCAGCCAAGGUGCAGGCGGCAGCUCGGGGGUACAUUCAACGCAAGACUGGGAUGGGCGGUAAGACGGCGGGCAAGAAACACAAGGUCGGCAAGGGCGGCAAGGGCGGCAAAGCUGGAAAGGGUGGCAAGAAGGCCAAGAAGAGCGACGACAUGAACGCCAUGAUCAUCCAGGCGGCCUUCAAGAAGUACAAGGAAUACCAGAACAAGAACUAAUGCCUGAUGUAACUGGCCGUCAUCCAUGAGCCACGGACAUCUGUCACGCUCGUCGAAAGAGGGGAGGAGAGGCAUUCGGUCACCGCGUUUCUUCUUGUUCCGUGAAAGGCAACCCCUCUCACCCUGACAACUUGGCGUGUGGCGAGCGUUUCCGUUGCCACUCCGGACCCUCUGCGAGGCUUGGAGUUGGGGCGUGUCAAUAGAUGUACUAGUGCUGAAAUUCCAAAUCUGGUCAAUUAGAUGCACUUGACCGAGGUGGUGCGUGAGACAUAAAGAGUCCGUUUUGGGGGGUUAGCUUCAGUGUAGUGCAGAGAAAAAAGUUUGUGUGCUUGUUGUUGCCUGCAAUCGCGCGUGACGUGAGCGCGUCUGCGUAGGUCUUCCGUGCCGUAUACGCCGGAAUAGGGUAGUGUUUCCACUGAAGGAGCCUAGUUGUUUUCUUGUGCAUUGUGCGCAAUGCUCCUUCGUUUUGUCGCUGUUGGAAGAUGAGCGAGCGAGAGAGUGCUGCUUGCGGAGGAAGCUCUACGCAGUACCAUACAUACCCCGGGUCUGGUUGUGGGCUGAAGAGUUUGUUGUUCCAGGCAUGUGUGAUUUCGCCUUUGUUGUCUCGGUCUUGAGGUCUAUCCAUGUCGGCCAUAGGUGCAUGUUUCAAAUGGGCGGAUCACUCGGAAUGCCCUCCAGUCUAGAUAUCCACGCUACGGAGCUCGGGUUGCGCAGGAAGGGCUUUCGAUAAUUUUAACCUUUUUUUUUUGUUUCCGUGAAAUGAAUGAAUGUACAGCCCAGGUUCAACUUUGUUUUUGGCUGGUAUCCUUGAAGCAAGGCGCUCCUUCUACAGGAUGACUUGUUCCGAUCGUUGUUCCUUCGAAGGCCGCACUGAAAUAGCUUUUCUCUUACUUCAAAGUGUGUUGUUCCCGGCUGGCAUCUGGUGCUGCUGUUUUGAGGCAAAGUAAUGUGUGUUACCCCGUUGUUUCCUUAGUGAUGGCGUGUCAGGCCAGGUCUCCGUUACCUGCUAGCCUUGCUUGCAACGUUUCUCCGUCGUCCUUUGGAUUUUCGUACCCGGGUAUCCAGACCCUUCAUUUGCCGCGUCCUUGCUCGUCGUCCGUGUGUGAUUGUGUGUUCUGUGUUAACCCAACUCGUGUGGGAUGUGCGCAAAAACGGUGCGUGCUGACCGUUCGUUGUGAUCUGCUGCUUGUUGCGACAAGCGGGCGCACUCCUUUUAGCCUUUUUUGCAUCGUUCCGUCCUAGAUGAAGUAGGUCUGGUGCGCUGAGUUUUCGCAGUCGACAUUAAUUGCGCAGCGCGACUCGUACUUACUUUACUUGCGCGCAAGUCUACGUGCCUGUUCAACCCCACCCUCGAGGAAGCGCUUUAUUUGUUCCAUUAGUUUAGUAUGCAGAGAUGUCAGUAGGCAAUAGGCAGUGGAAACACCCGCGUGGGCUCAUCGUGCAUUUUUCAUUCAAAGUGUAGAAGUUGUUUUGGUCUCGGGUUGUUCGUGGUUAGUUGCGGUCAAGAUGCCUAUACUUUCUGCAGUGGGGUGUAGGGCGUAGGCCGUGGUCACAAAGAACCGAUUCUACGAAGAAGGUCCAUUAAAAAUGAAACGGGUGGUUGCCGACAGGGAGAAUCUGCGCUUGCUUAUUGGACGCAUUUGAAGUGCUGCUGUCCAAAGUAUACGUACGAGCCAC